AUGGCUGGCUCUUCCAGCUCAGCUGCACUGCUCUCCCCGCCUGAAACCUCCAGCUGCACUGCUGGUUUACGACAAGAAGCAGUGAGACCGGGGCUUACCAUCUCCCUGCUCGAAAUUGGAUCUCUUUCCUCUUACUUUUCAGACUCCCUCUUUUCAGUAACGCCCCAUGACCACCUGGCCUCAGGACCACAGAGGACACAGACGUUGUGUAGCCUCUUAAAGGACAUUAAAGAUAUUCUUAAAUGUGUGGCAAGCUUUGAAGAGACGAGCACAGAAGCAAACGAAGCUUUGGAGGACAGCAGCGCUUCUGAACCUAUGCCAGAACUUCAAGGACUUGACAAAGUGAAUAAAACGCUACUGAAAAAUCUAUCUGUGAGUCUAGAUCCAGACAAAGAACAGGACACAAAGGAGCAGAUGAUAUUGAGGACUGAGAGCCCUAAGCAUGUGGCACUGCGAUCUGCAAGGUAUGUGGGAAAUUCAUGUGACAGAAGAGCCUUCAGCGAAACUCAGCUGGCUGUGAAAAAAAGAAGACGCAAAUCUUUUUAUGUUCAAGAGGAGAACAGGAGGCUGAGGAACAACAUGGAGCAGUUGCUACAGGAAGCGGAGCACUGGAGCCAGCAGCACACGGAGCUCAGCGAACUGAUCAGGGCCUAUCAGAAAUCUCAGAAGGAAAGAAGCGAGUCUCUGGAGAACCGCCGGGUGGCCUCCUGCGACCGUGCGUGUGAGGAAGGGUCCUCUCCACGGGAGCUGGAGGAACAGGCCAGGAAGCUGAGCCAGGACACCCAGUCGCUGCGUCUGAUCGCGGCUCUGCUGGAGAACGAAUGCCAGAUCUUACGGCAGCGAGUGGAGAUCUUCAAGGAGUUCCGUCACCACCAAGAGAAGCCAACGCAAGUGAACUGCGAACAGGACAAGAAAAGUCAGAAGCCUGUGGAAGCAGACAAGGUGGGAACUAACAAGAACAUGCGAGCGAGUGACAGCACGUGCCAUAAGCGAGACAGGGUCUGCAGGCGCCCGGAUGCUUGCCUCCGGAAGAAGGCACGGAAUAACUGGCUCAAUACUCGCAUUGCAAGAAGAGCGCAUAUUGGGAGAAGGAGGACGCCCAGCAACGUAAGAUAGAAAACGCCAAAGUAAAUCCCUCUUCAGGUAUCAGCGAGCAUCUGGCCUAUGCUAGAUCUUUGGCUCAACCAAGAACGAGCUACACAAGAGAAUCAUCACAUAUUAGU